ACUAUACGACUACGACGGUCGGGUCGGGUCUCGCUCGGGUCUUAUGUUCAAAAAUCAUUUCUUUUUUGUUUGUUUCUUUUUAUUACAUUUCCGUUCGUAGCCAAAAAACGAUUCAGGUCUUCUUGUUUGUGGCUGGCUUCUCUGGGUUUCUUAUUUUGCUUUUUAUGAAUGAAUUAGUAGGGGUCACCUCUGUUUCAUAUGGAUGUUUUUUUUGUUAAAAACGGCAGCUUUGGGUUUCAUUCUAUCUAUUUUGGGUUAUUCUGGACCCUCUUCUUCCUUCGUGUCUUCUAGGACCUGAAAACCAGAUGGAGCCAAUUCAUUCAGAUGACACGGAAGGUUUUGUCGAUGAAUCCUCCAAGCAACUUCAUUCCCCAUAUCUCAAUGGAAUCAACGGAGACCCCGAGGUCUUUCCUCGUGUUGGAGAUCAGUACCAAGCAGAUAUACCACCAUAUGAUCGUUUAAUGCUCAUUAAAUGCUUCGAAUCACAGCAGGACCUAGUCACAUUUUCCUUGCCUAUCCCUCUCAUGUGGACGAGAAGUGAGAAAUUCAGAGGUUUCCGUGAAGCCGAGGAAGGUGACAAAGGCAGUCCCUCAACCGAUCAACCCCUGGAGAAAUCUGAACCGCCUGCUAGUUUGAAACCGAGGAGUAUUGUGCUUGCAUUGCCAUGCCAAAGAAAUGCCAAGUUCAAGUUUGACUGGCUUGAUAAGAGCCUCUAUCCCUUCCCUGGGUCUUUGGGUGAUUCUUGGGACGUUGCUGAGCAGCAGCGCUUCCUUCUUGGCCUCUACUGUCUUGGGAAAAACCUUUUCUUGGUGCAGAGAUUCCUUGGCACCAAGCACAUGGGAGAUGUGCUCUCAUACUACUACGGAAGCUUUUACAGGUCUAAUGAAUACCGGAGAUGGGUUGAUGGACGCAAGUUGCGAACCAAACGCUCUGUUCAAGGCCACAAGUUAUUAUCUGGUUGGAGGCAACAAGAGCUCCUCUCUCGGAUCUCCUCUCAUGUAUCUGAGGAAUGCAAGACUACGUUGCUUAAGGUAGCUAAAGCAUUUAGGGAAGAGAAGAUUGCACUGGAGGAUUAUGUGUUCACUUUAAAGGAUACGGUAGGAAUUGACAUGCUUACAGAAGUUAUUGGUAUAGGUAAAGGGAAAAGAGAUCUGACCAACUGCGCGUUAGAACCAACCAAGUCUAAUCAUGGAGCCUCUGAAGUGCGAAUACGCAAUGAUCUUCCGAUUGGGGAUAUAGUCAAGUUCCUGACCGGAGAAUAUAGGAUGAGCAAAACACGGUCCAGUGACCUCUUCUGGGAAGCUGUUUGGCCACGUUUAUUAGCAAGAGGAUGGCACUCUGAGCAGCCGAAAGAUGCCCCAAAGAAUUCUCUUGUUUUUCUCGUACCGGAAGCCAAGAAGUUUUCCAGGAGGAAGAUGUCAAAAGGGAAUCACUACUAUGAUUCUCUCACUGAUGUCUUGAAGAAAGUUGCUUUAGAUCCCACACUUCUUGUGCUCAAUACUGAUGAGGAUCUUGAUAUGAAAGGGUGCAAAGAAGAGGAAACCAAGAAUGACCCGCCCAUAAAUUUAGACGAGUUUGAUGAUUCUUCACCAAACAGCAAGAAAAAGAAGAGGUACCUACAACCACGCAGCAAAACAAGUAAAAUUCAGGAGGUCGUUAUGUUUACGAUUGUGGAUACCAGUGAGGCAAAUGGUGUGCAAGGAAGUACAUUAAAAGAGCUAAGAUCUCUGCCUGUUGAGACCGGCAGUUCAAUUGCUAACUCCCCAAGUUACUUGAGUGAAUCUGAGGAUAACUUGUCAGAAGAAUCUGAAAACAAGGCAGGGACUACAGUUAAGUCAAUGGCUUCGAGAGUGUGUGGUGGGGGCAGCAUUAGUUCUGGCAAGAGCAGCUCUGUAAACAUGGAAAAUGCCACUAGUCGAAGCACUGUUUCUGUCAGUGAGAGACAGCAGAACAAGCGGAAAGGCGGGAGACCAAGAAAUCCAAAGUUACCUGUCUGCAAAAAAAGGAGCAGCUUGGCAGAUUGUACCUUGAGAGAAUCAGGUUUUUUUGGUGAAAACCAGUCCAGGAAGAAGAAACCACUGAAGAAGAUGAGACCAAACCCAUUAGAAGCUGAUCGAAAUGUACUUUUGAUGGGAGAGGAGCACAUCGAUAAAGAUAGAACUCUGAAACCGUCGUCAACCAGUUCCGUGGCAACAGAUAGCUAUUGUCGAAGAAACGAAGAUCGAGAAAUAUCACCAGAAAGAUCUGAAACCAGAGAAUAUUUUGACUUGAACGUUUCACAAAUCUCACUAGAACGUGAAGCUGAUGGUACUGAUACUGUCAUCACAGACGUUGUGCAGAACAGUGAGAGCUCUUGUGCAGAUCAGUCAUCUGUUCAAAUGGAUGUGGAAAUGCAGUGUAAGCCUCAGGUCAUCGCGGAUUUGCUUCCUGGACGGAGGCAGAGUACAAGGACCCGACCGUUGACUACAAAGGCACUCGAAGCUUUUGCUUUCGGGUACCUUGGUAACUCAAAGAAGAAGAGAAAGGCUUUGGAGGAGUCAAGAAGCAAGUCAAGAACAAAAUCUACAAAGCGCAUUCAUCGUCGCUCACUCGUGUCGUCUAAGUUCAGAAACGGAACUGUUGAGGAUAGUUCAGACACUGAGGAGAGUGAAUAGACUAACUUCGAUCUGAAAUUGACAUGUCUGCAUAUACCUCAAGAGCAAGCGCCAAAUGGGGAGGAAUUUUGCAGUUAUAGUCAAUGUAGCAACAUAGUUAUAGAAAAUGUUUUGCCUUUUGUUUCUGUUACCCUCAUUGUAGCACAGUCACGGCUAAAAGAAGCUGUGGAAAGCUGUGAUGUUAUUUUACUUUCAUCGUAUCCAAUGCAGAAUUAGUACUCAACAAUUA